AAUAUGGGUUUUCAUUAGCUUGCUCUCCCUCUGUUCUCUACCCCUGGCCAAUAAAGACUUUACCCCCAAUCUUUUCCAACUUAUUUACAAACCCAAGCUCCCCAAACUCUGCUUCCUUCAACCUUGCUUCCAACAUGGUUCAAAGGAAAGCCCCGACAAAGAUUAGCUCCCAAGCUGAAACAAAGAGGAGCCAUGUCAAACUUGAGAGGCAAACAUCUUCUCAAAAACAUCAAGACACGAGAAGCAGAGGAGGAGGAGGAGGAGGAGGAGGGGGAGGUGACCUCAAGAAGAAGAUGAAGCUUGAGAGAUCCAUCAGAGCUGCGGACCUUGAUUGCCUCAAAUCUAUGAAGCCCAAGAAGCAAUCACCAAACUAUAUGAAGCCUACAAGCAGUUCUGAUGCAAGGAAGGAGCGGUUGCAGGUAGAACCAAGUCCCAAGAACUCAAACGGGCCGAACCCUUUGAAGCCAAAACCACCUUCUUGUCCUCCGCCGGGGCUUAAACUUUCCAAGUCCUUGAGUAGGCAAUCUAGUUUGAAGGCAAUAAGGCCGCUGGUGAACAGGGCGACUUGUUCGUCAACUCUGAAAGAUUCAAACUUUCCUCGAGCUUUAGACCUUAAUCCUGAGGGGACCUCAGUGAUGAAGGUCUGCCCUUAUACUUACUGUUCUUUGAAUGGGCAUAGGCAUGAGCCUUUGCCUCCUUUGAGGAGUUUUAUCAAGGCAAGAAGGAAGUUGAUUAAGACCCAGAAGAGCAUGAAACUGAAAGGGCUCUCUUCAUGGAGAGGAAAGGGCUUAGGGAAGGACAAGGGGGAGAUAGAUACGGGGCAAAAGGCUGUGGCUCCGUCAGCAGCGGAGGAAAUAGAUGAUUUCUUCGUCGGAGUUUAUACUGAUAGAAGCGAAGACGGAGAAGAUCAAGAUCAGAUAAAAGAAACCUGCGAGGUCGCCAGUGUUGAUGAUGGUUUGGAUAAAAGAAGUGAGCUCCCGGAUGAAGAAGUUGAUGUCGCGAUGAGUUCCCUGGAAUAUGUGGAGCGUGAUCGACGGCUGGAUGAUGCCGAGGAUGAGGAAAAAUCAGGCUUUGUAUCGAAAGAGAGUGAAAACGAGGAGUCGACUCUCGAUUUCAAUUGGGAAGGGAGAGUAGAUAAUCCGUGUUCGGACAACCUCACCAAGAGCUCUGAAUGCCCUGAUGAUCGUCUUGAUCUAAUGCCUCCUCAGAUUGAGUCCUCUGUUAAAGAUAUUGCAUACGAAGUAGCCGAAGCUGAUAUAGAGAAGCAACAAGGAGUGGAUCAAGAAUCAGCAGGUGGUGAUGAGUUUGUCGUUGAUGAAGUUGGCGCAGGAUUUGCGCAAGAAGUAUCCCAUAAGGUUAUCGAGAUUUGUGAUGAUAUGAUCCGUAAUGGUGAUAAUUUGGAAGGCAAUGAUGCUGGGUCUCGUGAAGGAGAAGAAUUAUGCAGAGCUGAUGUUUUGAGUCAAGAAUCUACAGAAAAUGGUGAGGAGUUGGUUUCUGAAGAAUCUGAGGAAUUUAGUGAAGCAGCGCAUCCUCAUCUAAAACUGAACCACGAAAACAUCAAAGAGGAGGAGAAUAAGAAUGAGAAUGAAGUUGACAGCACCAGCUUGUUAUCUGAGCAGAUUCAAAGCCAGACGGAGACGACCUCCAAAUGUGAUGAUGCUACUAAAGAUGCAACCAUUUCUUCUGAUAUCAAAAGCUAUUCUUAUACGAGGAGGAAGAUAACUGAUGAACAAGAUGAAAUCAGAGAAUUCAAUCCACGAGCUCCGCGGUUUCUUGAUUUAGAGCCUGAUCCAGAAGCAGAAAAGGUUGAUCUCAGGCAUCAGAUGAUGGACGAAAGGAAGAACUCGGAGGAAUACUUGAUAGAUUAUGCGCUUCGAAGGGCAGUAACAAAAUUGGAUCCUGCUCGAAAGAAAAAGGUAGCAUUGCUCGUUGAAGCUUUUGAGACCGUGAUGCCAUAUAAAAAGUCCCUUCGACACAAAACAUCAGGAUUCAUCCAUGCAAGAAUUAUGCAAGCUUGUAGUUAACAGCUUCACAGAAGUAAUUGUAAUAAUAAUGACAUAUUGCUUUGAAUUAGAGCGAAAGGAGAAGAUCCAAGCAAAUAGAACGGUCUAUGAUAGCGAAAUGACUAAUGGUGGUAGCGUGGUGAAUGAAGCAGAAGCAAGUGCGCACGGAGAAUGUAGUACUAAGCUUAUAUUAAGAGAGUGUGAUGUAACUUACAUGUUAAAUGAGUAUUUGGACCUAAGGUUGGUCGAAUAUAUGUAUUAGUGUUGCUAUAUUUGAUUUCUUCAAGCAUAUGCUAUUCUAAGUUAGUAUAUGUAUGUCAAUAAUCUAUACUAACUUCAUAACUUGUACAGAGGCCAAACUAUGUAUAUUUGCCCCCUUAUUCCUGUAUAUUGUUUUUCUGUU